ACCCCGGCCGCGUCGCGCAAGGCCCCAGGGACUGCGGCGCGCGGAUCCCGCUCCGAGCUCGCGUAGCCGCAUUCCCGCGCCCGUCGCCCUUUCCAGACUCGCUCUUAUCCUCUUUCCCCCAACCCCGCUGCGACCAUGUUUGUUCCCUGCGGGGAGUCGGUCCCCGACCUUACGGGCUUCACCCUCCUGAUGCCAGCAGUCUCUGUUGGAAAUGUUGGCCAGCUUGCAAUAGAUCUGAUUAUUUCUACACUGAAUAUGUCUAAGAUUGGUUACUUCUAUACUGAUUGUCUUGUGCCAAUGGUUGGAAACAAUCCAUAUGCAACUGCAGAAGCAAAUUCCACAGAACUUAGUAUAAAUACUGAAGUAUAUUCAUUGCCUUCAAGAAAGCUAGUGGCUCUUCAAUUAAGAUCCAUUUUUAUUAAGUAUAAAUCAAAGCCAUUCUGUGAAAAACUGCUUUCCUGGGUGAGAAGUAGUAACUUUGCAAGAGUUAUUCUUCUUUCAAGCAGUCACUCGUAUCACCGUAAUGAUCUACAGCUUCGUAGUACUCCCUUCCGGUACCUACUUACACCUUCCAUGCAAAAAAGCGUUCAAAAUAAAAUAAAGAGCCUUAACUGGGAAGAAAUGGAGAAAAGCCCAUGCAUUCCUGAAAUAAAUGAUUCUGAGUUUUGUAUCCGUAUUCCAGGAGGAGGUAUCACAAAAGCACUCUAUGAUGAAAGCUGUUCUAAAGAAAUCCAAAUGGCAGUUCUGCUGAAAUUUGUUUCAGAAGGGGACAAUAUCCCAGAUGCAUUAGGUCUUGUUGAAUAUCUUAAUGAAUGGCUGCAAAUAAGCAAACCAUGUAGUGAUGAUCCCACAGCAUCUACCUUGAGAUGGAAAAUACCAAGUUCUUGGAGAUUGCUCUUUGGCAGUGGUCUUCCCCCUGCACUUUUUUGAUGUAUUUUCAGUUUUUGUACCUUAUAUGCCAAGACACUUAUUAUCAACACAACUGCUAAACAUUCUGUACAAAAAUUUGUAUAAUCUGAGAAUGUAUUAGGAAAUAAAUAUUUGCUUUUCACAGAAAAUCUCAAAAAAAAGGAUUAACACAAGAUCUUUUUGCCAUGUUUUUCAUCAUAUACAACAAAUGUAAAUUUUGUACAAUAAAAUUUUAUUUCCCAAGUAA